CAAAGAAGGCGGACAUGUCUGCAGCCUUUGUCUGACGUCUUGGGAUUUCCUUGCAGGGAUACAUUGGGUCCUUGUGCAUUUUAUUGCCCUUGUUGGAUGCAUUGUGGCAUGCGCCAUACAUUCUAACCUUAUAAUGGGGCAGGUCGGUGCAGAGAAAAGAUGAACAGCUUGAUCCUUAAACACACAAUGUCCAUAGGAAGCCAAGCUUCAAGGUGCGUCCUCAGGACGGGAUCAUGGCUUCCUCUCAUCCGUAAUCCUCACAGAGCUGCGUGGGAACUGGCGAGGGUGUGCCACUCUGGGCCCGCUGCUGUGCAUCCAGCCAAGACCCCGACCAUCAAAAAGAGGGGCUAUGACAUCACCCGAAACCCUUACCUCAACAAGGGAAUGGCUUUUACUCUUGAAGAAAGAUUGCAGCUCGGUAUUCACGGCCUUCUCCCGCCAUGUUUUUUGAGUCAAGAUGUUCAGGCGCUCAGAGUUUUGAAGAGUUAUGAGACCAAGUCCAGCGAUCUAGACAAAUAUAUAAUCCUUAUGACCUUACAAGACAGGAAUGAGAAGCUCUUCUAUCGCGUGCUGACUUCAGACAUCGAGCGCUUCAUGCCCAUAGUAUACACCCCCACCGUGGGCCUGGCAUGUCAGCAGUAUGGCCUGGCUUUCCGAAGACCACGGGGACUGUUCAUAACCAUCCAUGACAAGGGACACAUAGCAAACAUGCUGAACUCCUGGCCUGAGGAAGAUAUAAAGGCAAUUGUGGUGACGGAUGGUGAACGCAUUCUGGGCCUUGGUGACCUGGGAAGUUAUGGGAUGGGGAUUCCUGUGGGAAAGUUGGCACUCUAUACCGCCUGUGGUGGAGUACACCCCCAGCAGUGCCUUCCAGUGUUACUGGAUGUCGGCACUGACAAUGAGACCCUCCUCAAUGACCCCUUAUAUAUUGGACUGAAACAUAAAAGGGUCCGUGGAAAAGAAUACGACGAGUUGAUUGAUGAGUUCAUGAAGGCCGUGAGCAACAAGUAUGGAAUGAACUGCUUGAUCCAGUUUGAAGAUUUUGCAAAUUCCAAUGCCUUCCGACUGCUCAACAAAUACCGUAAUAAAUACUGCACCUUCAAUGACGAUAUUCAAGGGACUGCGUCGGUGGCCGUGGCGGGGCUUCUGGCCGCUCUGAGGAUCACAAACAACAAGCUGUCUGACCAUAAAUUUGUCUUUCAAGGAGCUGGUGAGGCCGCCAUGGGAAUAGCACAUCUUAUCACCAUGGCUAUGGAGAAAGAAGGCAUUCCCAGAGACGAGGCCAUCAAGAAGAUCUGGAUGGUUGAUUCAAAGGGACUUAUAGUAAAGGGCCGAGGAAACCUGAAUCAUGAAAAGGACAUGUUUGCCCAUGAUCAUCCUCCGGUGAAGACUUUAGAAGAGGCAGUGGAGGUAUUGAAGCCUACAGCUAUUAUAGGUGUUGCUGCUAUUGGAGGCGCAUUUACGGAAAAGAUCCUGAAAAACAUGGCGGCGUACAAUAAAAGACCAAUUAUAUUUGCACUAAGUAAUCCAACCAGCAAGGCGGAGUGUACGGCGGAGCAGUGCUACCAGCUGACGGAGGGUCGUGGUAUUUUUGCCAGUGGGAGCCCAUUCUCUAAGGUGACCCUUCCAAAUGGACAGACCUUUUAUCCGGGUCAAGGUAAUAAUGCCUAUGUCUUUCCCGGUGUGGCUCUGGGAGUCAUCGCCUGUGGGGUCCGACAUAUCUCUGAGGACAUCUUCCUGACCACAGCAGAGGCUAUUGCAGAAGAUGUGACUGCAGAAAAUCUCGCUGAGGGCAGAUUGUAUCCUCCACUAAGUAGCAUAAGAGAAGUGUCCUUCAAAAUUGCCGUCAAGGUUGUCGACUACGCUUACAAGAAUAAUUUGGCUUCGUGGUAUCCAGAGCCCCAGGACAAGGAGGCGUUUGUGAGAUCCCUGGUCUACAGCCCGGACUAUGACUCCUUUACCAUUGAAAAUUACCAGUGGCCAGAGAACGCCAUGGCGAUACAAGACGUGUAACCUGCAUCUUGUCAUGGUCAUUGUGAUGUUGCACUGUUAAACACUCCACCGGGAGGACUCCGAAACAAGCCCAUAUCAAACCUAACCAUAAUCCAUAAAGCAAGGAACCAUCACCUGGAAUACAAUGAAUGUAAUACAAGCUUAUCCUUACGUGGCCAUCACCUGACCAGUGGGUUUAAUGUGAAUCUAUAAUGGUGGAUUAAGGAUUUAUUAAUCAAAUAUGUCCCACUAUGGCUUUACGGGUACUAGCCCUGGUCUGGGGAUUCGGAUCUCUGGGCUAUUAAAGGGGUACUCCGGCCCCAAGACAUCUUAUCCCCUAUCCAAAGGCCCCCUCCCAUAGACUUGCAUUGAGGGGGUGGGGCGUGACGGCACACGGGGGCGGAGUCGUGAUGGCACGAUACUCCGUCCCUGUGGUCGGGAGGCAUAAGACUGAGAGCCUCCAGCGCUUCCGGCAGUACUUACAGGUAGGUGCUGAAUGCUAGAUUGCGGCGGGACCCCCUAAGAUGUCUUGGGACCAGAGUACCCCUUUAACCAUGCUGUAUUCAAAUGGCCACCAUCUUAUAGCAACUAUGUGAACAGCAGUGUCAACCAUUUAUCCUCAACACCUUACAAGACCAUCCAAGAUGUAGGCAUUGGCAUACAGCAUGGGUAAGGAUCCCGAUCUCCAGAGACACAAGUCCACGUUGGGCAGUCGGGUUGUCAGGCAACUAUACAGCGCCCUUUGAGUUUCAUGCACAUGUUCUUCAGGUUGAAUAGACAGACGUCAAUAUUAGGCAGCGGGGUUGUCAGACAACUAUAUGAUGCCCAUUGAGUUUUGUAUACAAGUUAUAUUAAUAGGAAUUAGACCUGUGGAUGAAACCCGCUGGGCCCUGUACUGUUGUCCUCAGUAGUCCGACCGCUCAGCAUGGACAUGAAUCUCUUCCUAAUGUCACCUGCAGCCAUUCCCGUUUCUUAUAGGGGAGUACACUAGGAUCCCGUACAUUUGAUGAUAACCAGGCCACAAUUGUGGAGUCGGAUCACCCAAUGCAUGUUCAGAAAAACCACUUGUAUGCUGGCACAGCUAACAAAAUGGCCGCCGCCACCAUUACCGAUGUGGCUCCUAAACUGUCUAUGACCAUGUAGGAUCUAGAAAAGCCUAAACCACUGAAAUUGGUCUCUGCAAGAAUAUUUUGCUUACAAGUAUGCAGUAACCUUGUGUCAUUUGUAUACAUAAGGCCUAGUCUUUUACUGUACUUCAACAUAUAAUGCUCAGAGAGGAGCCAUGUUGCCCAUAGCAACCAGUUUGCAGCUUUACUUUCUUUACCCUGGCAUGGGAAAUUGAAAGCUUUAAAGGGGUAUUCCGGACAAAAACAUCUUAUCCCCUAUCCAAAGGAUAGGGGAUAAGAUGUCCGUGAUCUCCCUGCAGCACCAGCAUUCUAUGCGGGGCUGCGUCUCCAGUUUCGGAAACC